GCCCUUGUCCUUGGCUGGCACAGGGGUGCAGAAGAGCCGGCAGCAGUGAGUGACCAGGCUGAUGUGCCCCCAGGAGAGUUCCUUCCAACCUUCCCAGUUCAUACUGCUGGUGGGGGUUCUGGUGGCAAGUGCCCUCCUUCUGGCCCAGUGCCUUCGAUGGCACUGUCCUCGAUGGCUGGUGGGGGCCUGCCGGAAGCCAGAUGGCCAAGAGGAGCCAGUGUCCCAGCCCACCCCCCUACCAGAAAAUGAGGCGCCAAGUCAGUGCCCACCAGCCACACUGCCGGAGAUGGCUGCCUUCUACCAGGAGCUGCACACACCCACCCAAGGCCAGACCAUCAUCCGCCAGCUGAUGCACAAACUCUUGGUGUUUUCUGCUCGAGAGGUGGAUCACCGUGGCGGCUGCCUGAUUCUCCAGGAUACGGGCAUCUCCCUGCUCAUCCCACCAGGUGCUGUGGCUGUGGGCCGCCAGGAGCGGGUGUCACUGAUCCUGGUGUGGGACCUAUCGGAUGCCCCAUCACUGUCCCGAAGCCAGGGGCUGGUAAGCCCUGUGGUGGCAUGUGGCCCCCACGGGGCCUCAUUCCUGAAGCCCUGCACCCUCACCUUCAAACACUGUGCCCAGCAGCCCAGCCAUGCUCGCACCUACAGCAGCAACACGACCCUGCUCGAUGCCAAGGCCUGGAGGCCCCUGGGGCGGCCGGGGGCUCAUGCCUCCCGGGAUGAGUGUCGCAUCCACCUCUCCCACUUCAGCCUCUACACCUGUGUGCUGGAGGCGCCAGCAGGGCGGGCAGCCCGCAAGUGGCUGCAGCUGGCUGUGUUCUGCUCCCCGCUGGUGCCAGGGCAGUCUCACCUGCAGCUACGCAUCUACUUCCUCAACAACACGCCCUGUGCCCUGCAGUGGGCUGUGACCAAUGAGCAGCCCCAUGGUGGGCGCCUGCGUGGGCCCUGCCAGCUCUUCGACUUCACUGGGGCCAGAGGGGACCAGUGCCUGAAGCUCAUGUACAUCUCUGAGGGCUGGGAGAACGUGGAUGACAGCAGUUGUCAGCUGGUUCCCCAUCUCCACAUCUGGCAUGGAAAGUGCCCCUUCCGCUCCUUCUGCUUCCGGAGAAAAGCAGCCAAUGAGAAUGAGGACUGCUCGGCACUAGCCAAUGAGAUCAUUGUCACCAUGCACACCUUCCAGGACGGCUUGGAGACCAAGUACAUGGAAAUCCUAAGAUUCCAGACGUCAGCGGAGGAAUCCUGGACAGCGCCACCCCCUGUCUCCCAGCCGCCCCCAUGCAAUAGGCUGCCCCCAGAGCUCUUUGAGCAGCUGCAGAUGUUGUUGGAGCCAAACAGCAUCACGGGCAAUGACUGGCGCCGACUGGCCUCCCACCUGGGGCUCUGUGGCAUGAGAAUCCGGUUCAUGUCCUGCCAGCGCAGCCCUGCCGCAGCCAUCCUGGAGCUGUUUGAGGAGCAGAACGGCAGCCUGCAGGAGCUGCACUACCUAAUGACCGUCAUGGAGCGGCUGGACUGCGCCUCCGUCAUUCAGAAGUACCUGGGUGGGUCGCAGGGUGGCAGCCCAGCCCCAGGCCGCUCGGGCUCCCUGGAUAACCAAGGUCUGGAACUGGACGAGAAACUCUGA